CCAGACAUUGUUUUCACCUGAGAGAUCGUAUCCUUCAUUCUACUACAAUCACUAUUUUCAUUUCUUUGACGUUCCUGUUCUAAGAGAGGAUCGAUGGCGGCAGGGGCAGUUAUUUCUGCUAUUGUGGAGAACCUUUUAGGGAGCUUGAGCUCUCUGAUCGGCCGUGAGAUUGCAUUAAUAUAUGGUGUCAAUUCAGAGCUUGAAAUUCUCAGCAGGAGGUCAUCAACAAUUCUAGCCGUGCUUCAAGAUGCAGAGCAGCAAAUCAACAAGCCAGCUGUGAAAAUUUGGCUCCAGAGUCUCAAGGAUGCGGCUUACGAUGCAGAAGACGUAUUGGACGAGUUCUGACAGAAGCUCUUCGUCGCAAAGUGGACAAUCGCGCGAUUACAAAGGUAAGCAACAUCUUCUUACGCUCUAGAGUGGGUCAUAAAAUUAAGAGGGUUUUGGAAAAAAUAGACAGAAUUGCAGCUGAAAGGUCUCAGUUUAAUUUGAGGGUGUCUGAAGUGAACAGCAGAGCUGAAAACAUAGAGGGACGAGAGACUGAUUCCUUUGUGAUUGAAUCAGAAGUUUAUGGAAGAGAUGAAGAUAAAGAGAAGAUUGUAAAAAUGGUAAUCAGCAGUGGUGACAAAGCUGAUGAUGUUUCAAUCAUAGUCAUCCCCAUCGUUGGCAUGGGGGGGCUAGGCAAGACAACAGUUGCUCAGCUAGUAUACAAUGAUGACAGAGUAAAAGGGUACUUUAACCUACGAAUGUGGAUCUGUGUUUCUGAUGAUUUCGAUGUAAAGAAGCUUGUAAGAUCAAUUAUAGAAUCUGCUACUGCUGGUGCUAAAUGUGACAUCUCAGACAUGGAUCCAUUGCAUCAUCGCCUACAAGAGGUGUUGCGGGGGAAGCUAUUUUUACUCGUUCUUGAUGAUGUAUGGAAUGAGGAUCAUGAGAAAUGGGAUAGAUUGAGAAAAUAUUUGAUGUGCGGAGCAAGAGGAAGCAAAAUCAUAGUAACUAGUCGCAGUUACGGAGUGGCAGAGAUAAUGGGUACAGUGGAACCAUACUCUCUAGGGGUUUUAUCUGAGGAAGACUGUUGGUCCUUAUUCAGGGAAAGAGCUUUUAGGGACAGAGGCGAAGAAGAGGCUAAUCCAAAUCUGGUGGCUAUAGGAAAGGAGAUCGUGAGUAAGUGUGGAGGAGUACCGCUAGUGGUAAAAGCUCUAGGAGGUCUAUUGAGGUCUAAGAAAGAAGAGAAAGAAUGGUUGUCAGUUAGAAACCACAGGAGUAAUAUAAUCGAAGAUGGAAGUGGAAUCUUACCUGCCCUGAAAUUGAGUUACAAUAGUCUCCCAUCACCCAUGAAGCAAUGUUUCGCUUUUUGUGCAUUGUUUCCUAAAGACUACAAUAUUCCAAAGAAUACUCUAAUUCAGUUAUGGAUUGCUCAUGGCUUUAUUCCAGCUAAGUUGUCAUCUGCAGGGAAAGAGGUAGAGGAUGUUGGAAAUGAGUCUUUCAAUGACUUGCUAAGGAGGUAGAGGAUUGCUCAUGGCUUUAAUCAAGCAAAAGCACGGUGUAGAAAUACAUUACCACCGAGGAAGCUGAGGCUAGCGAGCGUCUCCAGGAGCACAAGGCCGAUGCCAUUAUAGGGGUCCCGAAGAAGAAGAGAAAGGACAAAGACAGUUGCGGCCAUGGACACAACAACAAAGACGCCAACAAAAAGUCGUCGGCCCCUUCCUUUAGAAAUUACAUGCCACUCAACUCCACCCGAACGCACAUCCCCAUGUAUGUAGAGAAGGAGGAAUACAUAUAGUGACCAACAAAGUUGAAGAGGAACCCCAAGAGGGGUAAUCCAAAGAAAUAUUGCAAGUACCACCGCGGCACUGGCCAUGACAUCAAUGACUACUACAAGCUCAAGAAUCGAGUCCCUCAUCUAUUGUGGUCACUUGAAGGAAUACAUGGGGGGUGAUGCCAACGCCUCAUCCUCACAACAGCAUCACACCCUAGCUGGAGUAAUUGACAUCAUAAUUAGGCGCACGACCUCAGAUGGAGCCUCGACUUCAACCCGAAAGGCCUACGCAAAGCAACUCAGCAUCCAAGGCUCGACACCUAAGAAGCUGAAGCCAGAUGACGUCAUGUCCUUCUCGGACAAUGACUUGAAGGGGGUCUUGGUGCCCCAUGAUGAUGCAUUGGUGGUGUCGAUGAUCAUCGCCAAUCAAAUGGCAAAGAGGAUACUUGUGGGCAAUGGAUCUUCAGUUGACAUCCUCUUUUAUGAUACCUUUGAGAAGAUGAAGCUUACACUGGAUUGGCUACAGCAGGUUAACGUGCCACUAGUCGGCUUCUCUGGAGACGUCAUCAAACCUGAAGGAAGAAUCACCCUACUAGUCACAAUAGGGACAGAGCCUCGACAGGUGACCAGGAUGAUUGAAUUCUUUGUUGUGAAGAUAGGCUCCUUAUACAAUGCCAUCACUAGGAGGCUCACCCUAGAUGCAC